AUGCGAUGGUUACAACAUAAGUUCUAUUCCAAGGGUGACAAAGCUGACUCCCUCUUAGCCUCCCGCCUACGCGCCCGUAAACAGAGGAAUAGAAUCCUCUCACUGAAGGACCAACGCCACAAGCUGACCUAUGAUCCUCAACAAAUUGCCCACUGUUUCAAGGAAUACUACCAGUCCUUGUAUAACCUACCCACUCUUGAUGACCCUGUUAGUUUGCAAGAACGCAUAGACAACUUCCUCUCUUCCUGCCCCCUUCCGACACUCUCUAAACAACAGAUGGACUUACUCAACACAGAGAUAUCCGCAGAGGAAGUGGAUAUCACAAUCAAAUCAUUGAGGAAUGCCUCAGCUCCGGGUUCGGAUGGACUGCCAGCUUUAUACUAUAAGAAAUUUAAUGGUACGCUGACCCCGGCCCUGAUGGUAUUGUUCAAUGCGAUUCUAGCUGGUACUCCCUUCGAUAGCUCCACUACUAGAGCGGAAAUAGUCAUCAUACUUAAACCCGGACGUGAUCCCACAGACUGUAGCAGCUAUCGCCCAAUAUCCCUGCUAAAUUCUGACCUGAAAUUAUUUGCGAAAACACUUGCCAACCGGCUUGCGGGGAUGAUGGCUUCCCUGGUUCACCCGGACCAGGUCGGUUUCAUCCCCGGCAGACAGGCCUUUGACAACAUUAGAAGGGCGAUCGAUACCCUGCACUUCGCUGACUCCUCUGGGAUCCCCUCCCUGGUGAUGGGAACGUCUCUGUCUAAUAUUAAAACAGAAGAUAUAGAGGGAGAAGAAGAGACGUAUGUGACUGAUAUAAAGGCAGAAGAUACAGAGGAAGAAGACGAGACGUAUGUGACUGAUAUAAAGGCAGAAGAUAUAGAGGGAGAAGAAGAGACGUAUGUGACUGAUAUAAAGGCAGAAGAUAUAGAGGGAGAAGAAGAGACGUAUGUGACUGAUAUAAAGGCAGAAGAUAUAGAGGGAGAAGAAGAGACGUAUGUGAGGGGUGAUCAGCAGUGUAAGGAGGAGGAGAUCCCUACAGAUAUCAGCACAGAUGGACACACAAGCACGAAUAUCACAGAAGGACAUCUAAUGUUAUCCCUGGAUUGUGACAUAAAAGAUAAUGACAGUAGACAGGAUUCUCCAGGAGCUAACCCCAUUACCCCAAUUAUACAUCCAGCUCUAUCAGCUGAUCCCUCUGAUCCUGGGAAAUAUUCUCCUGAUCACUCUGAUAUUGGUGCAUCUGUUACAGCUCUGACAGUAGAUACAGUGUUUCCCUGUUCCAUAGAUGCCAAAUGUUUUACACAGAACACAAAGCUUAUCACCCAUCAGGCAGCUAAGGCAGGUGAGAGACCAUUUCCAUGUUCUGAGUGUGGGAAAUGUUUUACAUUGAAAGCAAAUCUUGUUACACAUCAGAGAAGUCACACAGAUGAGAGGCCAUUUUCUUGCUCUGAGUGUGGGAAAUAUUUUGCACAGAAAUCACAACUUGUUACACAUCAGCGAAGUCACACAGGUGAGAAGCCAUUUCCAUGUUCAGAGUGUGGGAAAUGUUUUGAACGGAAAUCACAACUUGUUGCACAUCAGCAAAGUCACAGAGGUGAGAAUCCAUUUCCUUGCUCUGAGUGCGGGAAAUGUUUUACCUCGAAAACACAACUUGUUAUACAUCAGCGAAGUCACACAGGUGAGAAGCCAUUUCCAUGUUCUGAGUGUGGAAAAUGUUUUGCACGCAAAUCAGAUCUUGUUAGACAUAACAAAAGUCACACAGGUGAGAAGCCGUUUUCUUGCUCUGAGUGUGGGAAAUGUUUUAUCCGGAAAUCACAUCUUGUUAUACAUCAGCGAAGUCACACAGGUGAGAGGCCAUUUCCAUGUUCUGAGAAAUAAAUCAGCUCUUGUUGGACACAAUAGACAUCAUUCCGGUGAGGAACCAUUUUAAUCUUCUGGAGUAUACUUAUCAUGCCCAUGCGUUGUUCUUCAGGGUUCUUAUCCUAUCUCAUAUGCUUUUUGCAAUAUACAUGUUACCACUGAGUGAAAUAAUCAGAUGUCAUGCCCUCAUCUACCACUGCUAUACAGAUGACCUGUCUUUUGCUUCAGAUACUGAGAAACCAGUCCCAAUCCUAUAACUAUGCGAAGAACCUCGCUAAAACUGCAAAAUUUUAUUGCAAUGAUUAUUAUUAAUAAAUUGGUAAUGUUUGAAUUGUGCACCUGCAACCUUUUUCUUUGUAUGAGGAACC